GUUUGCCUCGUAUAUGCUAUAAGUCCUUGGCAGACCAACACAAAUUUUUCAAUCUGUUUUGAAUUUGAAUUCCUGUGUGUUUGAUUAUGUAUAUCUAAAAUGCAUUUCAAUUUCGGCGUUUGAAUAAAUAAUUUUAUUGAAUCCAAUUUACCGCAGUCAAAAUGGGGCGACGAUCGAUCAACACCACGAAGAGUGGGAAGUACAUGAAUCCCACGGAUCAAGCCCGCAAAGAAGCUAGGAAAAAAGAACUCAAAAAGAACAAAAAACAACGUCAAAUUGUACGAACCGCCGUAUUGAAAGGGAAAGAUCCAAUGCAGCUUUUAGGGGAAAUGGAGAAAAUCGAUCAAAUGGAAUAUAACGUUAUGCAACCGUCUCCUCUGAAUGAGAAAGUUCUCAAAGAUAAAAGGAAAAAGUUACGAGAUACUUUUGAUCGUGUUAUGAAGAUGUAUUAUAAAGACGAUCCUCUAAAAUGGGAAGAAAUUCGACGCGCUGAAAGCGAUUACGAGAAACGACGGGCUAAUAUGGUCGCUUAUUACGAAGCUGUUCGAUUUACUCAACAAGUGAGCGUCGAUGAAAUCCCGUUACCAUCUGGUAUGGAUUCGUUCGGAUUAGAGAGUUCGAUCCCAUUACCGAGUGAAUACGCAGCUAUACCUCCUCCACCUAGUAUUUUGAAAAAGAAAUCCGCCUACAGUCCACCGCCAUCUCCUAGUAAAGUAUCAAAAAGAAACAAAAUUCCACCCGGUGUGCCUCCAGGACCACCACCCGAGCUAUCAGGCGAAGAAGAUGAAGAUUUCGAAGACGAGCGCGAAGUGACCGUAAUUCCUGCAGCGAUCAGACUUCCCUCAGGUCCACCUCCUGGCCGGCUACCUACUUUACCACCCGGUCCUCCUCCAGGAUUACCUCCGAGAUUGCAACCGUCAGGAAUUCGUCUACCUCCUGGACCUCCUCCUGGGAUGUACGGUCGUGAAGGUGAAAUGCCACCGCCUCCGGGCGGGAUUCGAUUACCUCCUGGUCCACCACCCGGUAGACCUCCUACGCUGCCUCCUGGUCCACCUCCGGGAAUGCCACCGAGAUUACAACCGGCUGGUAUUCGUUUACCUCCUGGACCUCCGCCGGGUACAUAUGGUCAUGAAGGUGAUCUUAUACCUCCGGGCGAAGAACAACCUAAAUCGUCCGCUACCAUCGAAGCCAAAGCUAAAAUAAGGAAUUUGAACGCUGAUAUUACACGAUUCCUUCCGACAUCGGUGAGAAUCAAGAGAGAAGAUGGUAAACCGAAACCUAAACCGGAAAGACUGCCACCUUUAGAUAUACCUAAGACGAUCAAUAAACCUAUUCCCAAUUCCGCUCCGAAUGCUACUCAACCAAGUAAAGACGACGCCUAUCAGCAAUUUAUGAAAGAAAUGUACGGGUUUCUAUGAGAAGAAAUUACUUUGUUUUAAAUUUACAUCGUUCUGUGUAAUUCGUAUUAUUAUUAUUGUGUUGUAUGAUACGUCUAUGAAGUUGUAUUACUUCGCUUUCAUGUAUAGUAAAUUGUUUCCAUGUUUU